AUGGAUGUGAGUGGCGACCAACCGACAAUCGGCGGCCCCGCCGGGGCUGAGGCAGGCUGCGGGAGCCGGAAGCGGCUAGACGGAUCUUAUGACUUGGAACAGGUGCUCUAUGACGCCUCUAAGAAAGCAAAGAUUUCGGAACAAGAAUUACAAGAGAUACAUGCAAAGAUGAACAAGGGUGCCGAUCCUAACAAAAAAUUGUCUGAACAACAAGCCGGAGCCCUAAGAAGGAUCAUAGAUGGUUGGAAAGUUCGAGGAGAGGUACUUAUCUUGCCUUUCGAGGAAUUCCAAGAGACCAUGUUUAUGAAUGAAGCGGAAUGUCAAAAGUUAUACGAGGAACUUGAAGAAGCCGAGGCAGCCAAACAGCAAGCUAAAGCGCUUAGGAAACUGAAGAUAGCUGAAAAAAAACAAACAGGUAAGCCCGACGAAGAAGACUCAGAUGAAGAACUUCGACAUUGUGAAGUUUGUAUGAAGCUCGUGGACCACUGGUCAUAUCAGUGUCCCUACUUGGACGACGUUCCAAACCCCGAGAACACAACUGUUGGCGAGGGCUAUGAAAUACGUUGCCUUCACUGCAAUAAGUCAGAUCAUGGCCACCCUGAUGGAGGCUGGCCAGGAUAUGCAUGUAAAAAGAGAAGAUAUUAUAGGACAAGGGUGAUGACCCCUGAUGAGGAAGUCUCAGAUUCAGAAUCAGAUGAAGAAGACAAAGAUUCAGAAUCAGAUGAAGAAGACUCAGAUGAAGAAUCAGGUGAAGAGCCUUAA